UGUCUCUCUCAGGAUUAUGAUUGAGUCCUUCCCCACUCUAUCUAAUGUUAGCAUGCCGUAGAGAAUUUGGGUUUUCCAACCCACAAGUCUCCAAAUUAUUUGACUCUCACCCAUCUUGGUUGCAGAUCACAGCCAAAAAAAGGCCUCUCUUAACAAACCUGUAUUUUUUCCCUCUGUGCCUCUAGUCAGUUUUCAGCCUACAUUUAUCUCUCUCCUGUGGAUCUUACUAAAGGACACAAGAAACAGCCAACACAUUGCACCAUUCUAAAUGUUUUUCUAGUGAAUCCUUUAAUGGUGUACCAUGAGUAGGCCCCUGUCUUAGACCAAGGAGUCAAUAGGUGGCAGCAUAACUAGCUAUUUUGUUGUCAGUUAACAAGGACUGCCAACUUUCCAGUCCAGGCCAGCCUGUGCUAGCCUUCCCGAACCUUCAAUCAGCCAGUUGCACAUUUUAGGCUUAGUCACAUUCAACACUCACUUCUAGUACCAAUUCCUAUAUCACUUAAGAGUCUUUGUAUUGCUAAUGAUAGAAAACGUGACCGUACCAGCUUAAAUAAAACAGAGAAUUUAUUUGCUAAUAUAAAUUAAAGGUCUAGAAAAAGGCCAUCUUCAGUUAUAGAUAGAUUCAGGGCUCAACCAACAACACCAGCACUUGGUUUUUCUCCGUCUUCCAAUUCCCAUUUUGUUGGUCUUGGUUUUAGACCCCAUGUGGUCAAAGGAUGAGUGCAACAGGCCUAUUCCCUACAUCCUCACAGAUCUGGUUCAGCCUCAUCCCUCAGGGAUAGAGCUCGCCUCAGGCUACAAGUUUCCUUGAUUCUGAUGAUCACAAGCCAUCACCAGAAGUCUCUAGGGCCAAAUGAAUGCAAGGCUCUGAUGAGCCAGUCUUGAAUCACAUGCUUUUCCUCUGUCUGGAGUGGGAGUGAAUGCCUCUGGAUGCACAUGUUUUGAGAGUGAGCGGGGGAUGAUUCUCCACACAAACAAAUGGACAUGAUUAUAAGUAGGGGGAAUGGUUGCUGAGCUGCCGAAACGCAACGGAAUACACUGCAGACUUUUCCCCCAGUAAGAUUAUGUCAAUUUAUAUUAACAGGGCACAGAAUACUAAAAGGUUUGUUUUUAAUUUCUCUAUGUUUCUGAGAUGAUUUUUAAAUGAUCAACCCUCUGCGUAGCUAUACUGAUAAUUAUAUGGUAGAGAGGAUUAUUCCUUUGUUUCUGCUCUUUUAAAUCAAAUAAUUCCCAUUAUUUUAACAUUCGAAAAUAGAUUCUUACAGCUAAUGCAUAUGUUUAAUCUGGUAGUGUUUCUUUUUCACCCUAAAAAUCUAUAAGGUGUCAUUCUGCAGUCUAAGAAGGAAUAAUGUAAGUUUUAGAACUGAGGAAUGCAAUAUUAUAAAACACCUUUCCACUACUGGGGCAAAUACUGCACCAUAACAGGUAGUCAUGGAAAUGCAACUUGAAAAACCAGAAUUAUUAAAAACUUAUGUUGCCAUAUUUUACACAUGCCACUGUUGCACUGAUUCAGUCCAUGUUGAUUGGGGGCCACCGUAGGAGAGUUGUUGGCUGUGAUUCUUCAGCACUUUUUCCACACUGGCGAGACCUACAUUAUUGUUUUAUAAUCUUCUGCCUGCUCUUGACUUUUUAUUUCUAUAGAUUAAUAUGGAGGAUUCUUUAUGUGAUUGGUCUGCAAGCCUACUGGUUAUUGUUUUACUCUGUCAUUAAGCUCAGACUGAUGUAUAUUAAAUGAGAAAGAGAUAUGCAUUUAGAAUUCUCUUUAAGUCCAGAAUUGUGAUUGUCCUUAUUCAUCCAGGCUUUCAAUCUACUUAUUUCAGGCCUUUGGUUAUAGUAUAACAACCUCUCCCAUCCACAUCACAGCCUUUCUUUCCACCCUCUUUCUUCUGCCUCUUCUUAUACUUACAGAAAGGAGGUAGGUGGUAUCACCUGAACCUGAAAUGAGGCUGAAGACAUUAAUGGCACUGGACAGUGGAGUGGAGCCCAGGCUUUGGCCACUGCUCUGCUGCUGCCAGCUGUGUGACAUGGGCAGGAUGCCUACCUUCUCUGUAACCCUGUUUCUUCCUCUGUAAGUGGUGAUGUAGACUUUGAUCUCUACAAGUCUCCUGCAGCCUUAAAGUUCUUUUCUUUUUAAAGAAUGUGACUGCUGGAAAAGCUGACACUGAUCUGAGAACUCCACUUCACUGAGGAAGACCAGACAGCACUGUUACAUCCAGCACCUGUGGGUCAUCCACUGCAGAAGUGGCUUCCAAAGCCUCUGAGAUUUAUCAGCAAGACUGUUGAACGCAUAACUGCCCAAGAUGCCCGUCCCUCCCCCUCCAGCACCCCCGCCGCCCCCGACGUUUGCACUGGCCAAUACAGAGAAGCCUACCUUGAAUAAGACAGAGCAGGCUGGGAGAAAUGCUCUCCUUUCUGAUAUCAGCAAAGGGAAGAAACUAAAGAAGACAGUCACCAAUGACAGAAGUGCACCAAUAUUGGACAAACCUAAAGGAGCUGGUGCUGGAGGUGGUGGUGGUGGCUUUGGUGGAGGCGGCGGAUUUGGCGGAGGAGGUGGUGGCGGAGGCGGUGGAAGUUUUGGAGGGGGCGGACCUCCAGGUCUGGGAGGACUGUUCCAGGCUGGAAUGCCGAAGCUGAGAUCCACGGCCAACAGGGAUAAUGAUUCUGGAGGAAGCCGACCACCCAUGUUGCCACCGGGAGGAAGAUCCACAUCUGCCAAACCCUUUUCACCCCCAAGUGGCCCAGGGAGGUUUCCUGUGCCUUCUCCAGGCCACAGAAGUGGUCCCCCAGAGCCUCAGAGGAACCGAAUGCCGCCCCCAAGGCCCGACCUGGGCUCAAAGCCUGAUAGCAUUCCCCCUCCAGUACCUAGUACUCCAAGACCCAUUCAAUCAAGUCUGCACAACCGGGGGUCCCCUCCAGUGCCCGGAGGCCCGAGGCAGCCCGGCCCCGGGCCCACUCCUCCCCCUUUCCCUGGAAACCGCGGCGCUGCUUUGGGAGGAGGCUCAAUACGUCAGUCUCCCUUGAGCUCCUCCUCGCCCUUCUCCAACCGGCCUCCCCUGCCGCCUACGCCCAGCAGGGCCUUGGAUGACAAACCCCCUCCGCCACCUCCUCCAGUAGGCAACAGGCCCUCCAUCCACAGGGAAGCGGUUCCCCCUCCUCCUCCUCAGAACAACAAGCCUCCGGUGCCUUCCACUCCGCGGCCUUCCUCCUCCUCACAGGCCCCACCGCCGCCGCCACCUCCCAGCAGGCCUGGGCCGCCUCCCCUGCCUCCAAGUUCCAGCGGCAAUGACGAAACCCCAAGACUCCCACAGCGGAAUCUGUCCCUCACUUCGUCCACGCCCCCCUUACCUUCGCCAGGACGUUCAGGUCCUCUUCCUCCCCCGCCCAGCGAGAGACCCCCACCUCCAGUGAGGGACCCGCCAGGCCGAUCAGGCCCCCUCCCACCACCUCCUCCAAUAAGCAGAAACGGCAGCACGUCUCGGGCCCUGCCUGCCACCCCUCAGUUGCCGUCCAGGAGUGGAGUAGACAGUCCAAGGAGUGGACCCAGGCCUCCCCUUCCUCCUGACAGGCCCAGUGCUGGGGCACCUCCCCCACCUCCACCAUCAACAUCUAUUAGAAAUGGCUUCCAAGACUCUCCAUGUGAAGAUGAGUGGGAAAGCAGAUUCUACUUCCAUCCAGUUUCCGAUUUGCCACCUCCAGAGCCAUAUGUACAAACGACCAAAAGUUAUCCCAGCAAACUGGCAAGAAAUGAAAGCCGGAGUGGAUCCAACCGAAGAGAAAGGGGUGCCCCACCACUCCCUCCCAUCCCGAGGUGAUCUUUGCCUGCUCUUCUCUACCCAAGCUCAAGAGCUGCUUCUGUUGCUAUCUAAGAACUGCACACCCUCCUCCCUGCUUCUUCCCUUGUGCCCCAUGUAUGGGCAGGAGGAAAGAUGGGAGGGUGAGUGGGAGUAUGCGUGUGUGUGUGGGCAUCGGUAAGAAAUGCACCUAGCUUUUCAUAUUGUUUAUUCUCCAGGCUAUUGCUUGCUUCAGCUGCAGCCGGGGUCGAUAGGCUUCUGUGGUAAUAGGCAGAGAUGAAUUGCAUCCCAGCUUUCCACCAACCAAAUCCAAACAUUCACUGCUUAUUUGCCACAGACUGUAAUUAUUAAAGUCCCUGAGAGCUGUUUUCUCCCGUUCCUUUUUCGCAUGCUUGGCCUUCUGUCUGUUUCCAUGAACCACAGACCACCUAAGCAAGCUGCUGAGUAAGGGCUCACAGGAAACUUUUGCAGUCACAGGAUGUCCAAUCUUUGGCAGUCCGAGCUCAGCUCCAGGACAGAGCUGUCCAAUAGAAAUAUAAUGUGAGCCCCAUAUACAACUUCAACAUUUCUAGUAUAUUUUCAACAAGUGAAGUUAAUAUGCAUCCAAAGUAUUUCACCCUGUAAUCAACAUAAACUUUUAAUGAGAUAUUUUAUAUUAUUUUUUGGUACCGAAUCUUCAGAAUCCAGAGUGUAUUUUACAUUUACUGGUAGCACAUCUCCAUUUGGACUAGUCACAUUUUUAAGUGCUCAGUGGCCACAUGUGGCUGGUGGCUACUGGAUUAGACAGCACAAGUCUGGAAGAUGGAAGCUAGUACAGAAACCUCGUUUAAAAAACAAAAAAGGCAAGAUGGGCUUGAACGGUUCAAGAGGCAACUAAAAAUAAAAUUAGGACCCAGUACCUUGUUUGACACGCAGUUUGACCUUCGAUUUUGCUCCCUUAUCUUCCCUCUUCCCUUAGUAUCUGUAUACAAGUGUUGCUCCAAAGUACCAAGGUCAGAAAUUAAUUGAGUACGGUUUACUAAAGUCAUGUGGAAUAAAGCCACUGGAAAGAAACGGAGAGCCUGUCGGGACUUCCGGGCUCAGAACCAGCUGGCGCACGCCCUCACUUGUCAGUUGGACUUCUGCCUUGUGAAAUGGAAGCAGCCUUUGUUCCUCUCUGGCUGAGCAAGCUCCUGAGGCUGAGAGAGACUAGGAAGGCUUGGUAGGAGGGAAGAAAGUCAGGGAAAGGUGUCAAAUCAGAAACAUGGAAGAAGAAGGGAACAGAUUUGAGUUGGUGGGUAAAACUCUAAAAAUCUGAAUCUGAUUCUUAUGUAAGGGUUGAGCAAAUUAGGGAGAUUGCUAGUGGAAAUUGGAGGGAAUUUGUUUUGCAUCAUUUGUCUAGGAUCUAUGCAAAUACAGCUCCACUAAAGGACCAUAGGGAAGAGCCAGCCUUGCCUUUUCUUACAUGAUUUUGUUUACAAAAUUUUACUGGGACUUUUAAAUCUAGCUAUAGAGUUGGGAAAAAAUAUUUCCACUUAGAUAUUUUAUAUGGUUUUGUUUAAAAUGACCAUUACUUGUUUUUUAAAAACACAUGACCACAUAUGUAUAUGUAUAUCUACCUAAACAUUGUAUCAUGGUUUCAGUAUGUUAUUAAUGUAUUACUGGGAGAUGCUAACAAGAACCCAACCCAAAGAAAAUUCUGAAAAAUACAUUUCUAUUUAUAGAAUAAAUGUUUCAUUUAUAUAAAAGCAAAAGAACUUAGAGUUCUAAUAAAUGGGAUGUCUAAUAAAUUAUGAAGUUACUGAUUUGAAUAUAUUAUAUUUUUAUAACUUCCUUGCCAAAGUCCUGAUGUAGUACAUUAGAGAACCUGUGUUUCCUCUCUCAUCGACCAUUCAUCUGUCUUCCAUACAGUCAUUUGGGCUUUUUACUCAAAGAGAAUCAAGAAAUAAUAAGGUGUAACGAGCUUGGCAAAGUGUUGGUUUUUUAAAAAAAUUUGUUAAUCUCUAGCAGUUUGGUAAUUUAGCAGCAUCAUUUAUUUGGGAUUCUUUUAUCUGAUUUCAACAGUGAAAAGCAUCCCUGUGAUAAAGCCUAAUGACCCAUUUCACAAAAGAUGGAGUUUGCCCUUUCUAGAAAAUAUGACAGACAGAGAAAAGUCUGACUCAGAGAAAGUGGGUCUGAAUUUUAUAAGGGGUAGUAACAAUUGGACAAUUCCUUUGCAUAUCUGAACUUGGCAGGUACCAUUCUAAAUUUGAAACAGGGUCAUAGCUCAAAGUUGCCAUUCAUCCAGAAUAGAGAUCUUUUAGAAUGUAGUGUUUUAAGUGAGUGUUUCAUUAAUACACCUACACCCUUUCUUUGAAAGUUUGCAACCUAAUUGCAUCUAAAACUUUGAAUAAGUUCUGUGGUAAAAUCUUAAACUAUGGAAAAUUACAAAAAUGGAUAUUUUCUUCCCUGAAAUCAGAGCUUACAUGUGUGUUUUUUUCAUAAAAUUUUCAGAUAAAUGUAUUCAACAUGUAAUACAGUAUUUUAACAUUCACCUCUUAUUUUAUAUUGAAAUGUAUUACAGUAUUAAAACUCACUGUUCAGUAUUUAUUUCACUAUGCAUAUUAUUUAGUAAAAGCCAGGAGAAAUGUUUAAUCCAAUGGUGCCUUACUUUGUGAUUUAAAAGAAGUCAACUUUUUUUAUGUCUAAGUAGCAGAUUAUUUGCAUAUUUGUAAAAACUGUUAGGUCUUUAUAUUUUAAAUUGUAAUACCAGUUUUGUUAUUUUUAGUAGCAGAAAUGGGAUGAUUGUUAAAGUUCCCAAAAAAUAUUGGCGUGAAAUUAAUUUUUUCCUCCUUCUAGUCAAGGACCGUAGAGGAAGAAAAACAUUUUUUUCAUACCAUGCACUAUGUAAACAGACACAUUUUGGUAUCUGUGUCAUCAGGAUAGUGUAAAUGGUAGGGUAGAGACUCCCCUAGACAUCUGCAUCUUUGUAAGUUAGCCAGACAAUAAAGAAAAGCAGAAUGA